UUGUUUCCAGGAAGUGAGUUGUGUGUGACUACGGGCUCAACUCAACUUUUUGCUCGUCAUUCGUACAGCUAACAUUAUUGUAUUCAAACCGUUUCUCAAUCUACAAACAUGGGCGAUGAUGAAGAAAAGUAUGACGGCAUGUUGCUUGUUAUGGCGCAACAACACGAAGGAGGGAUACAAGAGUUAGUAAACACAUUUUUCAGCUUCCUCCGCCGCAAAACAGAUUUCUUCACCGGUGGUGAAACAGGUGCUGCAGAGAUGCUGGUCAAAGAUGCUCUCGCCCACCACAGUCAGCUGGCGGUGAAGUCCCACAAAGAGAAGCAGAUGAAACAGGAGAAGGAAAAGAAAGAGAAAGUUGAGAGAGCCGCCAAGCUAGCGGAGGAAAAGAAGAAGAAGACGAACGAAGAAGGUCCCAGAAUUCAGGAACUGACCGACGAAGAAGCGGAGAAACUUCAGACUGAAUUAGACCAGAAAAAGAAAGAAGAGGCGAAAAAGAAGACUGCGACAACAAAUGCAGAAAAGCCACCUGAGAAAGUAGAAAAAGAGAAGGGGUCUGAGUCUGAAGGAGAAGAGGACGAGAAGGACAAAGACAAACUGAAGCCCAACGCAGAAAACGGAGCUGACCUGCCGAACUACAGGUGGACACAAUCCCUGUCUGAAGUUGACCUGGCCGUGCCUUUCGACGUGAAGUUCCGCAUUAAGGGGCGAGACGUCGUGGUGGACAUCCAGCGGCGCUCCAUCAAGGUGGGCCUGAAGGGACAACCCCCCGUCAUCGAAGGCGAGCUCUACAACGAGGUGAAGGUAGAAGAAAGCUCCUGGCUCAUCGACGACGGCAAGGUUGUUACAGUCCACUUGGAAAAGAUUAAUAAAAUGGAGUGGUGGAGCAAGAUCGUUACCACGGAUCCAGAAAUUAACACCAAGAAAGUGUGUCCAGAGAACUCGAAGCUGUCAGACCUGGACGGAGAGACGCGUGGUAUGGUGGAGAAGAUGAUGUACGACCAGAGGCAGAAGUCAAUGGGCCUGCCUACGUCUGAAGAGCAGAAGAAACAAGACAUUCUCAAAAAGUUCAUGGCCCAGCACCCAGAGAUGGAUUUCUCUAAAGCCAAGUUCAGCUGAGACUUGCUGUGGAAUCCACUUCCUGAUUCAUGUGCAUCAUAUCAGAGCCGCCGUCGGGCUCCGUCCACCUCUCCAUCUCUCCGUACCGGACGUGGUUUUGUUGACUUAACGUGUCUGAAGUGCGUUGUUGAUGACUGAAAUGCACUUGUUCUCCCCUUUGCAUGUCUUCUCAAUAUUUAAAGAUAUAUCUGGAUUUGUUUUUUUUUUUAAAUAAAUGAAUUUAAAAUCAAA